UUAUGUAACCUCAUCUGACACAACGCACAGCUUGUACUUCCUGAUCAGCAUGAAGCAGAAAAACUAAAGCAAACGCGUCUGGAUACUUACUUCUUCCCUACAGACUUCGUCGGGACUCGUUUUAGCUCCAUUCUCUGCAACUUUUACUCCAAAGAGUUUCAGAGAUGGUGCAGAAAUACCAGUCCCCCGUGAGGGUCUACAAAUACCCCUUUGAGUUAAUAAUGGCGGCCUAUGACCGUCGAUUCCCGACCUGCCCUCUGAUCCCCAUGUUUGUGAAGAGUGACAUCAUCAACGAGAAUCACAGUGAGGACGGGGCCGAGCUGGUCAUUGAACGCAGGUGUACUGUGGACGUUGAAGCCCCUCGGUUACUAAAGAGGAUAGCAGGAGUGGACUACAUGUACUUCAUCCAGAAGAACUCUCUCAACCGUAGAGAGAGAACCUUACACAUCGAGGCCUACAACGAGUCUUUCUCCAGCAGAGUCAACGUCUAUGAACACUGCUGCUACACGGUUCAUCCCGAGAAUGAAGACUGGACGUGUUUCGAGCAGUCCGCUAGUAUGGAUAUCAAAUCUUUUUUUGGGUUUGAGAGCACAGCGGAGAAGAUCGCAAUGAAGCAGUACGCCACUAGUAUUAAAAAGGGAAAAGAGAUUAUUGAAUUUCACCUCAAAGAGCUGGAGGAGGAGGGCAUUACCCACAUGCCCCGCUGGGUUCCCCCUACCGUCCCUCAGCAGAUACCUGUCAGCUCCGCCAAACCUAUCCUAGCAUGCACCAGCAGAGCCACCGACGUCGUGCCAGGCUCUCCUGAUGACAAGUUAGAUGCAGACUACAUCUCGCGCUAUCUGGGAACACUGACACCUUUCCAGGAGAGCUGCCUCAUUCGCCUUCGACAGUGGCUGCAGGAAACGCACAAAGGCAAGAUUCCUAAAGACCAGCAUGUGCUGCGUUUCCUGCGCUCGCGGGACUUUAACCUGGAAAAGGCUAAAGAGGCGUUGUGCCAGACACUCACAUGGAGGAAGCAGCAUCAGAUAGACUUCCUGCUGGACACAUGGCAGAGUCCACAGCCGCUGCAGGACUACUACACUGGAGGCUGGCACCACCACGACAAAGAUGGACGCCCUCUUUAUAUCCUUCGACUUGGUCAAAUGGACACCAAGGGUUUGGUGCGGGCGCUGGGAGAAGAGACCCUUCUGAGACAUGUUCUGUCAAUCAACGAGGAAGGUCUGAGACGCUGUGAAGAAAACACCAAAAUAUUUGGAAAACCAAUCAGCUGCUGGACAUGUCUGGUGGAUCUCGAGGGGUUAAACAUGAGGCAUCUGUGGAGACCUGGAAUCAAAGCCUUGCUGAGGAUGAUUGAGGUUGUAGGAGCCAAUUACCCAGAAACCCUCGGUCGUCUUCUCAUACUAAGAGCGCCCAGAGUGUUUCCUGUGCUCUGGACUUUGGUCAGUCCAUUCAUUGAUGAGAACACACGGAAGAAGUUCCUCAUCUAUGCCGGGAAUGACUACCAGGGGCCUGGAGGUCUGGUGGACUACAUAAACAAAGACUGCAUACCCGACUUCUUGGGAGGAGACUCUAUGUGUGACGUUCCUGAGGGUGGCCUGGUCCCCAAAUCUCUGUACCGUACAGCUGAGGAGCUGGAAAAUGAAGAGGUUAAACUGUGGAACGAAACCAUCUACAAGAGCGCCAGUGUGUUAAAAGGGGCUCCACACGAGGUGCUAAUAGAGAUUACAGAUGUGUCGUCUGUCAUCACGUGGGACUUUGAUGUGUGUAAAGGCGACAUGAUCUUCAAUAUCUACCACUCCAGAAGAGCUCCUCAGCCUGUUAAAAAAGAGGGUUUGAGUGCACACAACCUGGCCUGUCCUGCUGGAAACAACGUCCAGUUCAUUGACCGAUCCUGGAUGCUCGGCCAGGACUACAGUAUGGUGGAGACGGCCCUCACCUGCAGAGAGGGAGAGAGUGUACAGGGCUCUCAUGUGACACGCUGGCCUGGUUUCUACAUCCUGCAGUGGCGUCUUUACAGCACUCCGUCCUGCUCGUCCUCCAGUCGGCCGCGUGUAGAUGAUGUGCUGGCGUCUCUGCAGGUCUCCUCACACCGAUGCAAAGUCAUGUACUUCACUGAGGUGCUGCAGUCUGCUGACUUCAGGGGCUCGAUGAGCAGUCUGGAGUCAAGUCACAGUGGUUUCUCUCUGCUCAGCGCCUCCACCACCUCCUCCAGUCACUCACACACAGCUUCCACCGUCUCCAGAUAGUCACACACUUUAACACCCUAACUAGAGUGAACUAACACCUGUUCGACUGAUGCCUUUAUUAGUUUAUAUCAGCAGAAACUGCACAUUUACUGUAUAUUAGAUGCACAUUUUUCUCUACUUUGUUACAAAUAAAUUUGUAAAUGUUGUUACCUU